AUGUCAUCCAAACCAAUUUUCGUUGUUGUAAAUGCUUUCUCCAAACAAGGUAUCAGUAUUAUUAAUACUUUGGUUGAAGAAGGUAACUAUCAUAUCCGUGCUACUACCACUCGUCCUGUAGAUACCCCAGCAGCUUUAAAGUUGAAGGAGAGGGGUGUUGAAGUUUUCCAAGUGGAUUCCACUAAGAAAUCGGAUUUCAAUAGGGUUUUCAAGGGUGCCCAAUCAGCAUUCUUAAUGACACCAGCCAUCAGCUACACCGAUCCAGACUACUUCAAAAAGGAAAUUGAAUACGUCAAGUACCAAGCCGAUGCCGCUCUCGAAGAGAAAUUGGAGCAUGUCAUCUUCUCGUCGGUCGACUCUCCAGUCUUGACCGAUGCUCACCGUGCCGAAUUCAAAUUCGAUAUUCUCACUUGCAGAACCAUCGUUCAACAAUACAUUGAAUCACUGCCAUUCAAGUAUGUCAGCACUUUCAAUCUCGCCUUUUUCUACUCCAAUCAAAUCGAAUUCAUUCCACUCAUUAGAAACGAAGAUGGUUCAGCCGAGUUGGCAUUGCCAUUGCAACCGAAUGACUCGUUGCCAUACAUCGAUACCUACACUGCAACCGGCCCUAUUGUUUCAGAGUUUCUCAAACAUCCAUACCAAUACAACCGUGCUGUAGUACCAGUGGUUGCCGAGUAUUUGACUGGUAUCCAGUUGGCAGAGAUCUUCCAAGAGGUCACUGGAAUUAAAACCACUUUCAGAUCAUUGGAUCGUCAAGCUUAUAUUGAAGCCGGUGGUUUAAACGCAGCACCAGAGUUGGAAUUGUUGGGUAAUCGUCUCUUUGAGAUCUGGGAUUCCACUGCAAAGUAUGGUUACUACUACAAACACCGUAACACUAAUCUCUCCAACGAGAUCAAUCCAAAACAAUUGAAUUGGAGACAAUUCCUUGAAACCACCAAAUGGACUGGUGAAUCAUACCAAGAGUUCAGAGAUAAGAAUAACUAUUAA